AUGCUUUCUCGCCGACUCAUGACUGGGCGGUUGGCCCAAACCGCCGCGACCAGACUUGCCUCUCCCCGCGCUGCCUUCUCUCAAGCCCGGGCUCUUCGCGCCCAGCCUGAAGAAGAUGACCCUCACCUGAAUGGAAACUACCCCAACCCGCCCGCCGUUAAACGCUCAUUCCGCGACCCUUACGGAGACUGGUGGGACAAGCAGGAACGACGCAAUUUCGGCGAGCCCGUGCACGAAGAUAACGAUAUCCUGGGUGUCUUCAGCCCCGAGCAGUACACUCACGUCACAUCCAACAAGGCCUUGCUCUCAAUUGGAACAUUCGUUGCUGCCUUCCUUGGAGUCUGUGGCCUGGUCAGCUUGUCCUACCCUGACAAGCCGUCUGCUCCGCGCACAUUCCCCCAUGGACUUGAAAAGGAACUGGGUGGUCCAGGAGCCGUGAGGGCUCGUCAAACCGGUGAGGAUACGUGGUGA